AUGACGCGUAGGAAUGGGCGAGUAGAAAAGUCCGACCCAGCAGGCAUGGCGUCCGCGUCCAAUGCGCCGGACGCCAAGGACGGCUACAGCGGGGGUGCUGCUCUCCCUGCUGUUUCCUCCACCUCAUUCAACUCUGUUAGCUCUAUGGACAGCAGCCUCGCGGAAGCACAGUCGCACCGCCAACCCCGAGACGCCAUGACAGCGGCGGGGUGGGAGCGGGAGCGGGAGCGGGAGCGGGGGGGCGGCGGGUCGUCGGCGGGGAGAGCGCACGUGGAGCAGGCGAUGCAGCUGCGGGACGCGAUCGAGAAGAAGGUCGCGCGCAAAGAGGCCGCGCUCAAGGAGUGCAUGCGCGAGCUGCGGCGGGUGCGCGAGGAGCAGGCGCGGCGCAUCCAGGAGGCGAUCGCGGAGAAGACGCGCGAGUGGGAGGCGCAGUACGGGGAGCUGGAGGCGCGGCUCAAGGGCAUGGACGAGCAACUGGCGGAAGCGAGCGCGGAGAUGGAUGCGAUGCAGGUGGUGCUGGAAGAUAGGCAGAUUCUCAUUAGUGAUCUAGAACGGGAGAUGCAGCGGUUGAAAGAUGUCGCGGAUGAGGCGGAGGCGGAGAAGCGGAGGCUGGGGGGUAGGGUUAAGGAGUUGGAGGGGAGAGGGGGAGCGGGGGUGGGGGGAGAGGGGGAUGGCGGUGCGGAGGUGCGCGGGUUGAGGGAGGAGGUUGAGAUGUGGAGGAGGAGGUGGGAGGAGAGGGAGGUGGAGGGGAGGCGGAUGGAGGAGAGAGUGAGGAGGUUGGGGGAGGAGGAGCGGGCGCGGGAGGGGGAGGUGAGAGCGGCGGAGGAGGAGGCGGAGGGGUGGAGGAAGAGGUGGGAGGAGGCGGAGGGGGAGUUGAAGGCGGAGAGGAGGCGCGCGGAGGAGGCGGGCGCGGAGAGGGAUGAGCGGGACGCGACGCUGCGGGUGAUGCGCGGACAGGUGGAGCAGUGGAAGCGGCGGUAUGAGGAGACGGAGGAGAGCGCGGGGGAGCUGCGGGAGAAGCUGCGGCGGAUGGAGGCGGAGAUAGAGGAGCGGAGGGCGCAGGCGGCGGAGGAGGAGCGCGCACAGGCGGAGAGGCGGGAAAGCGUGAGGCGGGAGGGGGAAGUGGAGGAGGAGGCGCGGAGAGGGGAGGCGGAGAAGGAGUUGGCGCGGCUGGGGGAGAGGUGCGCGGAUCUUGACGAGAUGGUGAGGCGCGCGGAGGGGGAGCGGGAGGAGGCGCGGAAGGAGGUUGUGCGCGCCAAGGGGGAGCGGGACGGGAUGGCGGACGUGCGGGAUAGGAUGGUGGCGGAGUGGGAGAGCAUGCGAGUGGAGCUGCAGCGCGCGCAGGAGGAGGGGGGGAAGCUGCGGGAGGAGGUGGAGAGGGCGGAAGAGGGGAGGCGGAAGGUGGAGGAGCAGAUGGAGGCAGCUGUGCGGGAGAGGGAGAGAGUGAGGGCGGAAGUGAGUGGGGAGAGAGGCGAGGAGGAGGAGCGGUUGAGAGCGGUGAUGGAAGAGCGGGACGAGUUAAGGGAGGAGGUGCAGCAGCUGAAAGAGGAGUGGGAUGCGAUGAGGGUGGAGCGAGAGAGUGCGGGGAAAGAGAGGGAGGAGGUGCGGGAGAGAUUGAGGAGAAUGGAGGCGGAGGAAAGGGAGAGGGUGCAGGGGGAGAAGGAAGAGAGGGAGAAGCUUGAGGAGGAGGUUGCGAGGGUGAGAGAGGAGUGGGAGCGAGUGAGGGAGGAGAGAGACGGGCUCCGAGACGAGGUGGAGGGACUGAUGCGAGUGAGGGACAGAGAUGAUGGGGAGAAAGAGGGAGUGAGGGAGGUGAAGGAAGUGCUGAACAGGGAGAGGCAGGAAUGGGAAGGCGAGCGUGCGCAAUGGAAGAGCAAGGCGGAGGAGUGGGAGCGGGAGAACGAGAAGUGGGCGGAGGAGAGGCGUGCGUUGGAGGAGGAGGUGGAGAGAGUGAAUGGGGAGUUGGGACGAGCGCAGGAGGAGAGGGAGCGGUGGAGGGAGGCGGUGGAGCAGGGGGAGGAGGAGAAGGCGCACUUGACGCGUAUGGUGGCUGCGCUGCAGGAGGGGGAGAGUGAGGUGGCGCGGUCUGUGCGCAGGGACACUCAGAGAGACGCGCAGAGGGAGGUGGAUGCUGCGAGAGAGGAGGUGAGGCGGCUGGAGGCGGAGUGUGAGAGAGUGAGGGAGGAGUGUGAGAGAGUGAGGGGGGAGAGGGAGAGGAUGAGGGCGGAGAAGGAGGCGGCAGAAAUAGCAAUGGAGGGGGAGAGAGGGGAGUGGGAGGGGGUGAGGGAGGAGAGGGACGAGGCGAGGAGGGAGAGGGAUACUCUUGUGGAGGAGAGGGAGGCGUGGCGGAAGGAGGGAGAGGCGGUGAGGGAGGAGCGCGAUGAUGCUGUGCGGGGCAGGGAAAUGCUUCUGGCACGAGUGGCUGAACUUGAGGAGGAUAGUGGGAGGGCCGCGAGGGGUGUGGAGGAGGAGAGGGAGCGAGCGGUGAGGGAGAGAGAUCGAGCGGUGGAGGAGAGGGGGAAGGCGGAGGGGGAGAAGGAGAGGGUGUUGGAAGAGUUGGUGGUGCUGAGGGAAGAGUGUGGGAGACUGAGUGAGGAGAGUGAGCGGAUGCAUGAGGAGAAGGAGAGGUGGCAGAGGGAGAGCGAGCGAGUGAGGGAGGAGUGUGAGCGGCUGAGAGGGGAGAUUGAUGGCGUGAAGGAAGAGCUGGAUAGGCUGGGAGAGGAGUGUGAGAGGCUGCGAGAAGAGAGUGAGAGAGUGAGGGAGGAGAAUGAGCAAGUGAGGGAGGAGAACGAGCGAGCGAGGGAGGAGAACGAGCGAGUGAGGGAGGAUAACGAGGAGGUUAAGGUUGGGAUGGCGAAGGUGAGGGAAGAGAGUGAGAGAGUGAAGGAGGAGAGGGAUAGGCUGAAGGAGGAGUGCGAAGCAGCGAGGAACGAGAGGGAGUGGGCAAGGGAGGAGCGGGAUCAGGUGAAGACACUCAUGUCAGGGCUGGAGAAGAAGCAGCAGCAGCAGGAGGAGGAGAGCGAGGCGGAGGAGGGUGAGGCGCGAGAGGCAGUGCAGCGCGUGCGGGAGGAGCGGGACGCACUCAAGGGCGAGCUGGAGCGCGUGCGGGAGGAGUGGGAGGUGAUGCGCGAGGAGCGCGAGGGCAUGCAGGAGGAGCGCGACGUGAGCGUGAAGAACGCGGCGAGGCUAAUGGACGAGCUGGAGGCCGUGCAGCGCCGCGUGGCCCACACGCAGGAACAGCUCUCGGCUGUCUCCGCCACUGUUGCUCGCCUGCAGGGCGAGCUGGCGGUUGCUGAGGAGGAGCGGCGCAAGGCGGAGCGACAGGCGGAGGAGGAGCGGGAAGGGAGGGCGGAGGUGGAGAGGGAGUUGCAGCGCGUGUGUGAGGAGAAGGUGAGGGUAGAGGAGGAGGUGAUGGGGGCGAUGAGGCGGGUGAGUGAUGCGGAGGAGUUGGCGGCGCAGCACAAGGCGACUGCGGAGGUGGCUGCUGCUCUUGCGGAAGAGGCGGCUGCGAGAGCAGCGGAGCUGGAAGAGGUGAUCAAUGGGGGGGGAGUGGGUGGGGGGAGAGGGGAGAGUAGUGGCCGCGGGGAGGAUGGGCGGGACGGGCGGGAUGGGAGCGAGAGAGGAAGGGAUGGAGGAGAGGGGGGAGGAGGAGGCGGUGGAGGUGGUGGAGAGAGGGCACGGCAGGAGGCGGAGCAGCGGGCGGAGCAGCGGGAGCAGGAGCGGGAGGAGGAGGCGCAGGAGCUGGAGUGGGCGCUGCAGGAGGCGAGGGAGCGCAUAGCACAGCUGCAGGGGGACCUGGAGCAGGCGCGUGCUGAGAACGAGGCUGUGGAUGCUGAGCUGGCAGCCGUGGAGGACAUGGUGCUCCAGCUCACCGACAGCCUGGCGGAUAAGGAGCGGUUCCGCGCUGAGCUGGAGGCGGCGAAUGUGCGCGUGGUGCAGGUGGAGGGUGACGUGGCGAGCUGGAGGGAGAGAGCGAUGGGGCUGGAGAGAGAGCUGGAGGAGGAGAGGAGGAGAGCGAGAGAGAGAGAGGAGGGAGGAGGAGGUGGAUCGGGCGCUAAGAGUGGCCGGUCGCAGCGGGAAGUCGAGGCUGAGCUGGCGGCAGCGCAGGCCAGGCUGGCAAGCAUGGGCGGCGAGCUGGACACGUGGCGCGAAACAACAGCCUCACUAAACGCCAGCCUGGCAGAAGCCCAGCGGCGGAUCGAGGAGCUGGUGGCGGUGGAGGCAGAAGCGGGCGAGCUGAGCCAACAACUAGCGGAGGCGCGGGAGAGAAUAGGUGAGCUGGACGAGGCGGUGGCGGCGGUGGAGAGAGAGAAGCAGCAGGUGGAGGAGGACAUGAGCCAGACGCGCACCGCAUUCACUGAGGUGGCUGCUAAGGUGAUGCACACCAUGCAGCAUAAUGAAGAGCUGAAGCUGGAGUUAGCUGCGAUUAAGGCGCACGGGGGAGCGGGAGGGAAGGGGAGGUUGAUUGAGGGUGGGGGUGGGGAAGGGGAUGGAGAUGGGGAAGGGGGUCAGGCGCUGGCGCUGGUUUCGAGGCAGGGUGGUGGGUCGCUGGGGGAGCGGCAGAGCAGCAGUGGCAGCCGCGGCAGCGGCACCGGUGGCACCAGAGCUGGUGCGAAGACUGCUGCUGGUGGUGGUGGUGGUGGCAGUGGGGUUGGAGAGAGGAGCUCUGGCGAGGUGGAAGCACUGGAGAAGCAGGUGGAGGAACUGAGAGCAGCAGCGAGAGAGAUGGAGGCGGCAGCAGCAGGCGCGAGCAGCUGGGCGCGCGAGGUGGAAGCUCGUCUGGUAGAGGAGAGCGCAGCGCGGGAGGCAGCAGAGGCGGAGGCGGCGCGUGCCAAGGCGGAAGUGGGGCUGGUGAAGAUGCGGUUAGCAGCAGCAGUGGAGCGAGCGAGCGUGCUGGAGGGGUGCUUACUGGAGACGGAGCAUAGAGUGUCGGAUGUGAGGAGGAACAUCAUCUCUGCGCAUCACCGCAAGAUGGCUGCGGAUAUGGAGCAAGCACUCUCCGCUGCUGCCAGUGUUGGGGUUGGCUCUAGUGGUGCUGGUGGUGCCAGGGGCGCUGGCUCGAAUCUGCUGGCGCUGCCUGCUCCGCCUGCCUCCUCUGCCCCGACCGCUGCUGUAGGAGCAGUGGCAGGCGGGGGCGCAGGCGAGUCGCCGUCCGUUGUAUCUGCACCGGCUGUGGCUGUCUCCCCGGGGGGUGGUGGCUCUUCCAUGCAUGCUGCUGGUGCCGCCGCAUCAGUACCGGCAGCACCAGCGGCGUCCCUGUCCUCCUGCUCUUCCGAUGCCAACACUCCCCGUGAUGAGCCGCUACCAGCGCCAACACCAUCCUCAUCAGCACUCUCAGCAGCAACAGCAGCGCCGGGCCUGGGAACCAUGGUCCCAUCAUCAGCAGCAGCCUCGGCAGCAGCAGCAGCAGCAGCAGCAGCCGGAGCAGCGGGGGUGGCAGAAGCAGCAGCGGCAGCAGGAGUGGCGGCAGUGGAUGUGGCGAGUAUAAACGGGCGGCUGAUGGCACUGGUGGAGGAGCUGCAGGCAGAGAAGGCUGAGAGGCAGGCCGCUGUGUCCAUGCUGCAGCACCAAAUGCACCAUGGCAGCUUCUGCCUUCCAACCACUGCCCCAUCGCAAUCCGGCCCUCUGCCCUGCAUGUUCUCUCGUCACCAUGUGUGCGCCCCUGUCUCCCCCGCUGCAGGCUGUCCACGUGCUGUGGUCUGCUACAAAGAUAAGAUUCUCCUCGGCUUUACUCUCGCUCUGCCCUACCCUACCCUACACUUGCUCUGCACCCCCUCUUGCUGCCCCUUCCUUGCUGCCCCCCGUCUUCCUGCCCCUACCUUUGCUGCCGAUCCCCGUGCUGACCUUUUGCCGCUGCUCCUACUCUUGUUCCCCCCUCUACUUGUGCGCUCACCCUUCCUGCCUCAUGUGCCUGUCUCCCUGUUCACCACAUCUGGUAUCCGCAAGCGGCAGUCGGCAGGCACAUCCACGUUCUACACAACAUCGCCCCUCCUGCAUCACAACCCCAACAACCCCAACUCGCCCUUCUUCCUCCACCCCUACACCCACUCCUCCAUCCUCCCCUCCUCCGCCCUUGCCCACGACCCUCACAUGAGGCCCUUCUUUCUCCCUGCAUCCCCUGCUGCUGCCGACGCCUCCUCGCUCCUUCACCCGACAGGGGGGUCAACAUCCCUCUCUGCUUCAGCUGCUGCCGCUGCUGCUGCUGCAUCAGCAGGGAAUGGCGCUGACAUGGCACUGGCAGUGCCAGGUGGCAUGGGGUCGUCAGCGCUGCUUGCCUCGCUGGCAGCUCAGAGGGAAGCCCAGGGUGGGGGUGCAUCUGGAUCGUCCAUCUUGAUUCACCAACAGCAGCAGCUACAGCUACAGCAGCAGCAGCAGCAGCAGCAGCAGCAGCAGCAGCAGCAGGGGAGGCAGCGAGCAGCAUCACCCACAUCUCGGAUCCUCUUCCCAGAUGCCUCCUCUCCUGCUUCUGCCUCCACUGCACCACCUCAAACCACCACCACAGGCCGUGGCGCCGUGCGUGGUACGGCCAGCCCUGGUGGCACUGGCACCGCACUGCACCGCACUGCAGGCGCCACUGGCUCGGGCAACAGCAGUGCACGGGGAGGUGCGGACUCCAGGGGACUUAGAGGCGCCACUGCAUCCUCUGCUGCUGCUGCUGGGACGGGCAGCAGCAGGCGAAGCACAACACCAGGGAGAAGCACAGGCAGUGCGGGUGGGGGUGGUGGUGCAGGUGGUGCAGGGAACGGUGUGGGGCCUGGGCACGCUCGUAGGACCGCCUCCCAGCCCAUGGCAUCUUCAUCGCAUCUCCAAUCGCAGCAGCAGAGAGCACGGCGGAAUACAACACCGGAAGUAGCAGCAGGGGGGGGCACAAGCAGCAGCAGUGGCGCUGCAGCGGAUCGCAGCCGCCUGUCACCGUCCCCGUCACCACGAGCAUCGGCAUCAGCAUCAGGCUCGGCACCAGCCUCGGCACCAGGCUCGGCAGCAGCAUCGGCAUCAGCAGCGGUGCAAGGGCCUGGUGUGCGGCGGGACUUUUUCACAUCAAUGGAUUCAUUAGUGGAGCGCAUGGAGCGAGACGAGGCCUCUGAUACUGACAGCUCCUUCACCCGCACUCUCUCCGUCGCCUCCUCCUCCCUCCACACCGACCCCCACACUGCUGCUGCCGCUGCCGGUGCUGCGUAUGCCAGGGCGAAUGGAAGCGGCAGCAGUGGAGGGGCGAUAAGCCCUGGUGCGACUAGGCUGGGUGGAGUGAUGGAAGGUGUGGGAGGGUCAGGGUCGCUGGUGCCAGCUGCUGGCUGGGCCGGCCCGCCUGGCAGCAGGGCAAGGCCGAUAGGGUCGGGAGGAAUAGGCUCUGGGAGGGCGGCAGGGGUUGGCGGGGGUGUGGCAGCGGCAGGCGAGUGGUCGGGUGGGAGGGGUGGGGCGGGAGUGCGUGGGAAUCGAGGUGGGGUUGGGGGUAAUGCUGGUGUUCGAAGUGGUGGUGGUGGGUCUUUGGGUAAGUAA